AUGAAAAACGCAAAGCUGUUUUACCACUUUGUCAUAACCAACUUCUUAAAGCUCUUGUGUGUCCCAUUAAUGGCCCUUAUGGCCGUCAAGGCCCCAAAUAUAAACCGCAUCAGCCUCCAUUUGCAGAACAACCUUGUGACCACAUCUUUAAUCUCUAUGGUUCUCCUUUACGGGUUAGUCCUCUACUUCUUAACCAGACGUAAACCCGUUUACCUCGUCGACUUCUCUUGCUACCUUCCACCACCGAAUCUCAAGAUUAGCAUCGACGGGCUUAUGGAUAAGUUUAGGAAGAUACAACAAACAAAUGCGUCUUGGAGUAGCGUCUGUGAUGAUUCGUCUUCAGUUGAUUUCUUGCACAAGAUUCUCAAUCGUUCGGGUCUUGGCGAGGAAACUUACAUCCCGGAGGCUUUACACACCCUUCCACAGAGGCAAAACUUGAAGGGGGCGCGAGAGGAAACAGAGCAAGUGAUCUUCGGAGCCAUUGACAAUCUUUUCAAGAACGUUAAAGUCAACCCUCGAGAGAUUGGUAUAUUAAUAGUGAACUCAAGCACUUUCAAUCCAACACCUUCUUUAUCCGCCAUGGUCGUCAACAAGUACAAGCUUAGAAGCAACAUCAAAAGCUUCAAUCUUGGCGGUAUGGGUUGUAGCGCCGGUGUCAUCGCUAUUGAUCUUGCUAAGGAUUUGUUACAACAACGUCGUAGUAACACUCUUGCUCUUGUGGUGAGCACUGAGAACAUUACUCAGAACUUUUACACUGGUAAUAACAAAUCUAUGUUGGUCUCAAACUGCUUGUUUCGGGUUGGUGGAGCUGCGGUUUUGCUCUCUAACAAAUCUAGAGACAAGAGACGAUCGAAGUACGAGCUUUUUCACACGGUGAGGACGCAUACCGGAGCUGAUGACAUGUCAUUUGGAUGUGUAAAACAAGUAGAUGAUUUGAGUGGCAAGACCGGAGUCUUUUUGUCCAAGGAGCUAACCGUUGCAGCCGGGAAAGCGGUUAAGCGAAACAUCGAAACUUUGGGUCCCAUUGUUCUUCCCGUAAGCGAGAAGCUUCUGUUUCUUGCAACUUACGUCGCUAAGAAGGUUUUUAACCCAAAGAUAAAGAAUUACACACCAGAUUUCAAGCUUGCCUUUGAGCAUUUUUGUAUCCAUGCUGGUGGUAAAGGGCUGAUCGAUGAGCUUGAAAAGAGUUUGCAGCUUUCGGAGAAAGACGUAGAGCCAUCAAGAAUGACACUGCAUAGAUUUGGAAAUACUUCUUCGAGCUCUAUAUGGUACGAGUUGGCUUAUGUAGAGGCUAAAGGAAGGAUGAAGAAAGGAGACAGAGUUUGGCAGCUUGCUUUAGGGUCUGGUUUUAAGUGUAAUAGUGCGGUUUGGGUUGCCCUAAACCAUGUUAAGCCUUCGGUUAACAAUCCUUGGGAAGAUUGUGUGGAUAGGUAUCCGGUUAUGACGGAUAAAUGA